AAUGGCGGCCAAGUCAAAGAAUAGACUCGUCAAAACUCAGAAUAAUUUAUUGGAAUAUGAUAAAAUUCAACUGAGAGAUGUUAUUUGCUCUAUUUGUCAGUCCAUUCUCAUGGAACCUGUGACAUUACCAUGCUUUCAUAACUUUUGCCAGAGCUGCUUUAAAAGUAGCAUAGAAAACAAUGCUUUGUGUUGUCCCCUAUGUCGGUUGCGAAUAGGUUCAUGGCUAAGAACCACAACAAAAGAAAAUAAAAUAGUUAAUAUUAAGCUUUGGGACGUAAUUAAAACGAAAUUUGCGAAUGAAGUGAAUAUUAAACUACAAGGUGAAGAUUUAAACUUAAGUCAAGAUCAAUCCACUGUAUGUCUCAGUGCACCUGGUGAAAUAAGAGCAGAGUAUGAGGCAGAACUUAAGAGACUGCAAGCAGAGCGCUUACAGCAGGAGCAGAAGCAACUUGAAGAAACCACAAUUCUUAUAAAGAAGAUCCAGGAAGAAGAGGAUGAAACCCAUAAGAAGUAUCUAGGAAUCAUAAAGCAAGAUGAAAUAUUGGCCAAAAAAGUACAAGAAGAAAAUAAUAAAGAACAUAGUAAAAGAGUGGCCCCUGCUAAUAGACACCGUCAUACAUUGGCUCCUGCUAAACCCAGAUUAAAAACAGCAAAAAUAGAAGCAUUUUUAACUAAGACAUCUACAAGUUACAAAGUUAACCCACUGUUAAUUGAUGACAGCACUAACAGCAGCAACGGUUCAGAUUACGCACCAACUAAAAGCGAAACUCGGGGAUCUCCUGAAAUGGUGCCCAGUUAUAGCAAAUUUCUCAAAAAUAUCCUAGAUAAGAAAAUUAGAAAUAUUUCUGGAAUUUGGAAUAAAGAGAAUGGCGACAGUAAAACAAAGAAAACCGACGUACUACCUCACGCAAAUCACUCAAUUUCUACUGAUGAAAAAGAUCCAGCUAAAACACUGAAUGCAACACAGUCUUUACCUGUAUCGUUGCCGUACACCGGGAUACUCCAACAUAAAAUUAAUACUUUGGAUAAAUGCAGUGUGGCGAGCGGCAGUGUUGACUCUAUGAGGCAAGAGCUCUGUUAUUUUAAGCCGGUGCAAGGAACAACGGCGACGAGUUACAAUGCGAAGAGGGGGUUUCCGCUACGUGUGCCCGUAAUUCGCCUGGAGAGACCAGAGACCGCGCUGGUUCACAAAGAACCACCCACCCAAAUGCAGUAUGUUGAAGGCCUGUGUCUCUUGCGCAACCACUCCCUGGAGCAUAACUUGCCCUCUGCAUUUGUCAUAGCACUCACUAAGGGUGUUACAAACCAGUCGGAAACGAAGGCAAAGGAAAGUACGACGGGAAAUUCCGUUUCUGAAGCAGUAACUAGAAGAAAUAUAGCGAGUAAAAGUAAAAACUGCAUUCAAGUCGAUGGCAUCGAUAAACUGAACAAAGAAACAAGGUUGCGACGCACAAGGUCUAUGGGAAGUAUUUCGAAAGCUGAAAAUGAAACAACACCUAAAAAGGCCAAAGCGAAAGCCAGACAAGCGGUUUCUGAAAGAAAACCGUACUUGAGAAGCGAAUCUAAGAAAAAUAGUGCUAAGAAAGAACGAAAUAGCCCACCAUUCAAUUCAGACUCUGUAAAUAACAAUAAAGUCAAUUUAGCCGUAAAGAAUUUGUCUAGUCCAUUGCAGCAUUGCGAUGUUAAAAAAAUAUUUGAAGAACAACUGAGGAUUGUGAAACAGAUGGAGCAGGAAAAGAAGGAUUUAGAGUUGGCUCGCAAAAUGGACGCGGAGCUGAACCGGCGCAUGCUGCGGCGCGCGCCCGCCGCCGACAAGCGCGCGCUGCCGCCGCAGUACGCGCUGCGCCCGCCCAAGAAACUCAAGGUUUAAUCACAAUCUUAUUAUUUCCUAACUUACUAUCGUUCUCGCUUAUUAUUAUGCAAACAUAACUGAUUACUUCAUUGUUUUUAUUUAAGUAGUUUUUUUAAUACAGUUGACUAGAGUUAAACGUCAGAUUUUAACCAAAUGUCUACGGUAUGUUAUUAGAUAUUUUUUGCAAUGUUGAUUUUUCGUAGAAACUUUCAUAUAAAAAAAUCACUAGAUAUACUUACCAUUUAGAACAUAGAAGGUAAAAAACAAAAAAUAACGGAUACGAUAUACAUACAAUGUUGAUUAUUUACUCGUAUCGUAUACCGUCAAUUAUAUUAUUUGGUUGAAAUCUAUCGAGUACCUCCAGGACACAAUGUGUUGACACAGUGUAUUGUAUUAUUUUCGUAUUAAAAUGUCCAGUAAUCAUUACAUUUAUAGUCUGUCCUGUGAACCUGGAAUGUGUACAUGUGCCGUCGCAGCUUAAAACUGAGUAAAUGUAAAUGGCUCUGAAAUUAAAAAGAAAACUAAAAACCUAAUCGACAAAAACAAAGUAUUGUAUGGAGCACUAAAACUCCAUAUAUUUAUCGAGCCUGCACACAAAGUGUCACGAGAUUCGGGUGAUAAAUACGAUGUGCAGACGAGACCGCAACGGCAGACAUACGAAAAAUGUAGGCCCAAACUGAAACGGAGAAGCUUCACCCUCGUCCGGUCACAAGGUCGGUAUUCCUCCAUAUCGUUUACAAGGAAUUAAGAAGAGUGUAGAUUUCUCACUAUAUACCCUUCAUUAUAUCCUUAUCGUCAUUAUAGCCUUAUUCAUAAAUUUCAAAUGCUUCUUUUAGUAAAAUGUGUUUCGUCCUUUUCCAACGAACACAAAUGACAAGAACAAACGAAUUCAAUGACAAUAAGCAGCAAGCACUCAUGAAUACAUUUUUUACACCAAAGUUCACACUACAGACUACAAUUUCUUGCGCCCCUUGUGGGCUCUAAAGUUUGAUUCGAUUACAAUGCUUUUAAAAAGAAUUGUAGUUUCUCGUAAUUUACUUUGAUUCCCGUUUUAUUUAAAUGAUUACAAAUCUUAAGGUCCUAUACAUAUGUAUGUAUUUUAUAUCAGAUAACAUACUGCAUAUAAUUUUCUACCGCUGCAGAAUCAGCGAAAAAAUAUAUUUUUCUAUUGCUUAUUAUUUUUAAGAGUUAUGUAACUGUUUAGAGCUGUGAAUCUUAGUUAAGUGUUAAUAUUUAGUAGCAUACAAUGGAAAGUAAAUACGCACAUAUUUAAUUAGAUCGAUGUCAAAUCUUUUCAGCCGCAUAUUUUCUUUGGAUGUAUUUUUUAUAGACUUAAGGCCCAUUUACAUGGUUCGAGUUUCUCGCCUCGAACGCACGAUUAUCGUAGCACGAGAAAAAAUAUUGUAUCAUGUAAACUAAACAUACGAUAUCGUACUAGAAGGAGCGAUAAUCGCCUCGCCUUUGCUGAUUGGAUGUCUCCGUGUAAACAAAAUUUUAAUGCGAGAAUCGCAUUUCGAGACUUUCGAGUUCAUGUUUUUUGUAGUCCCAAUUUUAUGCGUUUUUUGGGACAUUUAAAAUGUUUUAUUAAUAGCCAAAACGUACAACAAUAUUUUUCUUUUCAUACAGUGUCUUUUGUGAUGUUUGACCAUAGGUACUCUGAUGGGUGAAUUAGGUCAUACUGAACAGCUUAUAGAGUGUGGAGCCAACCCCGAAAUCGCGAACGCGAAACAAAUCUGCUUUUUCCAUAGAAAACAUUGACGUACCUACAUAUUAUAUACAACUCUUCGAAAUUUAUGACAACCUACCUACCUACCAUGUUGUCGUUAUCUCAGUACUUAUAUGUAGUCGUUUCCCGGCAACUUAUUUUUUCUUAAAAGCAACGUCAUGUUAUUUCAGCCAAGAACCAAUAUUAAAAUACUCGUAAAUGCAACUUAAAAUAUAUUAAUUCAAAAUAAUGAGAGAAACAAGAAAUAUUUACUAAGAAUAUUGACAAUAUAGUGAAAAGAUUAGUAACUAAUCACGUAAGUUGACAGGUAAAACUCGUAUAAAAAUCGGUUCGCACCGAUUCGUGCGAUACUCGCACGUACGUGAAAAAAUGUCAUACGAGAACCAGUUUAGACGAGUCGAGAAAUCGUACGCAAAUAUCUCCCUAGAACGCAGCUCCCCGUGUAAACUAUUUCGCCUGGCGAUAAUCUCCAUUCGAGUAUCGCAUGACAUAAUCGUAGGCGAGUUUUUAUUUCUCGCAUGAGUGUAUACAUUUUUAUACGAUAAUCGCCUGACGAUUAUUGCAUACGAUAAUGUCAUACGAUUUCUCGCCCCAAAGCGUGCGAGAAACUCGCACCAUGUAAAUGGGCCUUUAAAGUGGUCAGAGAGGUCUAGCAAACAACCGAUAAAAUCAGCGAAAUGUACAAAGUUACAGAUAUCCACCAAAAUGCUCUGAAGAAAUUAAGUGUAGCUGUAAGACGCUCUGAUAUUGACCCGAGUGAUUAAUGAUUAUAACGUCGGGUGACAAGCAAAAUUCACUAAGUGCUAUCAAAAAAUUAAAGUAACAAUGUACUAUAUUACACUUGUAACACGGUUUAUUGUCUAAUAAUUUCAAUGGUGUUAGUGACUUUCGCUUGUCACCCGACGAUAAACUCACAAGUUAUUUAAACUAGUAAUUUUUAUAAAAAAAAUCGAUAUUGAAUAGCCCGAAUCGAAUCAGCCAAGCGUGUGGCGAUAUCUAUUGUUGGUUAAGACUCAAGUCAUUUGGGUCCUCUGCUUUAUGGCUCCUCUACACGAUGGGCCAACGCCAGCCACACCAAGGGACGCAUUUAUGCGUUAGAGGGAGCAAGUGAUAUUGCUAUCUCAUUCUAGCGCAUGGCUGCGUCCCUUGGAGUGGCCGUCGUUUACAGUUCCGAACAACUGACAGGCCAAUACCGUCCGACGGACUGUUAAUCAGUGGGCCCCUUAAGACUCGACUCAAGUCGAAACUCGAGGUCUAUUCAACUUGUUAGAGACCCGAGUCUUAACUGUAAAUUUUUUAAAUAACUUUAAAUUUAUGGGUUAUGUUACAUACACAAUACAAAAUAAAUAAAUAUUAUAGGAAAAUAUUACACAAAUGUAAGCUCAAUAAGGCUUGUGUUGUAAGAACUUGGAAAACAAUAUAUGUAUAUAAUAUAUAAAUACUUAAAUACAUAGAAAACGCCCAUGACUCAGGUUAGGAACAGUAUUCGUGCUCAUCAGACAAAUAAAUGGCCUUAUAAUAAUUAAAACCCAUGACCAUCGGCUUCAUAGGCAGGGUCACUAUAUCCAUUAGGCCAGACAGGUCGUCCACGCUUAUUUACUUUACUGCUAUCAGUAUUUAGAUAAAACCUACAAAAUUGUUGACGGAGUCUUUAUUCGGAUUCUCAGGCUGCGUAGCCAAGAUGUCAAUCGCUUACGCUCCGUAGCGAUCGAAACGCAAUUGUCACUGUCGCACUAAAUAUGGAAAAGUGAUAGAGAGACAUAAAGCUUUUCGUUGUCGAAGCGAUAGCGAUUGUAACCUUGGCUAGGCCGGCAGGUCCUUUUGAGUUGCGCUUAAAAAGGACGCAAUAAACGACUCGACCCGAGACUCAAGUGGUAUCCAAAUCGGUCGAUUUGAACAGAAAUGAAACUGGCGUCGAUUUCCAAUUUUAGAUUUAUGGUGAUAUUAGUGCCCUCUAAAUUGAAAUAAUGCCCCAGAACGAAACUGGCCUCACAAAUUGGUAUUCUUGCGUCCGCGCCUCAAUUUAUCGGUAAUAUCGGUCAUUAUCGGCGGUUGAAUUCGGCGAGCCAAAUUGGUAUUUGCGUCCGCACCUCCUGAUACGAUCGGGCAAUUGAAUCAGAUUGGCGAAUCUGGAUACGCCUUAAAGACGGAGGAAUCUUGUCCUUUCAGGUUAUUCUACAAAAAGUCAUCCUACACAUUAAAAUAACGUAAGUUUUUAAGCGCAGAGUCUCACAAAACCAAGGACAUUAUUUUCAAAAUAAGACUAGAUUCCUUACCACUACAUUUACGCAUUGCGACACCCUCGGUUAGCGUGUAUUGCUGAAAAAUAAUAUGCAAAGCAUUGUUGUUCCUAAUGUACCUACACCUCGAUAUGAAUUCGACAAUUUAGAAUGCUAUGGACUAUGGAUUAUUUUUUUUAAAGAAGAAAUAAAAUAUAAAUAAAAUCCUGUUAUGCUAUCGUUCACAAUAUUCAUCUCCCUCUGAAUUUAUUCAACAACCAUGGUGGAUAACCACCUUAACCCCUCUAACAAACAUGCAUGUAAUAAAAAAUAUUUGUUUAAAUUUUAACUUUAAUAGCUGUCAAUAGAGUUGAAUAUCUUAUCUGCCAUAUAUCGCAUUGUAUGCGGCAAGUCGUUAUUUUAAAAUGGUGGUCAUUGUUACUAUAGGUAUUGCUAAUGUACCGGUCUCGUGUUAGGAUUGACGGCUGGCCAGCUAAGUGCGAAGCUGCUAUUGAUCGUCGAUUUCAUACAGAGCUUACUUGUCUUCACUUCUUAAGUUUUUCAAUAAGUGUCUAGAUGGAAGAAUGGAUUUAUUGUGUAAACUAAAUAUUCAUGUUACCUUGAGGUGAAUUGUCAAAAUUAUAAUAUUGGUGCGACCGAGAUACACAGAUGUAAAGAACAGAUUAAGAUGUGAUCUUAAAAGUUCGACCAAGGCAUCCUAAUCUUAAGUUGUACGCUUGUUGUUUCACUACAAUUAUUGUGUAAAAAGUAAACAAAUUUUAGGUAUUUGUGGACAAUAUAAUAUGUAAAUCCGUUUUACCGUAUACUUUAUUAGAGUUGUAUUUUGCUGUAGAUAAAUACACUGACUUGAAAUUAAAUACCUCAAAAGUAGGCAGAGUAUCGAAGCAAAUAUUGAAUCCUGGCAUCUAUCUACUCGUAGAUCAAAUUGAUUGUUAUACCGUGUGAUUACGUUUUUGUCUAGCUAUACCUAUUAGAGAGAUGAAGAUGUAAGGCAUACUAGACAACCUAAUUACAAAAAACAUGUAGGCGAAAUGUAUGAAAUAAGUCGCUGAUUUUUAUCAGGAUAUCGAGGUGGGCCUAUUAGUAAAAGUAGUUCAGUCUGUAUGUUCGCCGCACAGCUCAGACUGGAGUCCUUACCAUUAGAAACAACAAAAUUACCAUUACCUAUACAACUUAUUUUACAAAACAAAAUGAGUCAUCUGUGCCAAAUCACAUCUGAACAUGUUCCAGCGCUAUAAUAUGUAAGUAUGCAUCAUAUAGCAUAAUAUGUAUCAUAUAUGAGCCUAUUCGUCUAGGUAUGUCAGUUGUACAAAAGACUGAAGUGUCCCCAUAAACAGGGGUCACGAGCCCCGUAAGCCGUUAUCAGUCGCGAUUAAGCCAUUUGAUUGAUAAUUGUUAUCGAAGUAUGAUAUAAACAAAAUAUUUGUUAUUGUAUUGGACAAGACAUCGGCUUGGAUCUCAUGAAAUUGUGAUUGAACGUGAAUGUUAAAAUAGAAUUAAGAAUUUAGACUUUAGCUUCGAUGUCUUUAUGUAUGGAGUAUAUUAAAUGGUGCUGUUGAAUUCAAUUCUCACUUAGCUUGAUAUUAAGUUAGCUAAAAGAAACCAUAAUGUGUAUAAAGAGGUGUUUACAAACUGCAGUGUAUAUCAUCAUAAACUAGUUUCCAUAACGUAUGUUCAUAGUAAAAUUACUGACUGUCGAUGUCGGUGGUGUUAUAUUAUGCUAGAGUGAGACGACUCAUUCUUCUAUUAACCCCUCAAUUUCCGAAGACUCAAUAACGUGUCAAAAAAAAAAUAUUCCAUUCUAAAUUUAAUACGUAUAACAUUAUACGUUUUAGUCACUCUGAGAGUUGAGGGGUUAACACAGAAUGAAAGCAUGAUUAAAUGUACCGACUUGCUGGAAACACCGACAAUUAAUUCAUUGUAUCUACGGAUAGGACGGACUCUAAAUUAUUAAAAUAUGUAUAAAAAGUUCUUGCACUGGCGUGCAUUUGUAAUUAGUUAAUCUGAGAUCUACCGGGGGGAUAAAACGUCUCGAUAGUUAUGACAUGCUUUUUGAUUUCCUGAAACUUCCGCAUGAAGGGUAACUUUGGCCAUUGAGAUUAUGGCACAUUGUCAUCUGGUUGAUUAGUUAACUGCCAAGUUUUUAUAUUUUUUAUUAGACUCUUAUUAUAAGUCACACGAAAGCGCAGCCAAAAAGCGGCUCCGUGGGAGCUCAAUCAAUCAAUCAAAGUUACGCCCUCAUCAUAAAAUGACACGCUUAAAUUACAUGAAACUUGGUCUUGGCAUUAUCAUAAAAUGUCAAAUUUCAUGUUAUUUCAGAAUGUCGGGAGAGUAACUUCGAUUCUAGAUAUGGCGGCAGCUCUCUGUUAUUAGAAUCAGGCGUUACUUUGCGGAUAUCCAUACUAAUUAAAUUAAAACGAAAAUAUAUUAUAUCUUUACUGAUCCGCGAAAUAACCUUCGAAAUGUGGUUUUCAAGGGCCAAAUUUACCCUAUGGGUUAAAGUACCCCAAACUUAAGGUACUGUUUAGUCCACCCAUCCAUCGCCAGUGGCCCCACUGACGUGUCAUUUUUGUAUUCAAUGAACAUAUUAAGGGCGAAUGUUUUAAAUGUUAGGAACAGGAAAGAUUUUGACUGUACAAUUGGUACUUUUCCGAAGGUUAACUAAAAAUCUAUAUUUGUAUGGUUUUCAAGAAAAAGAUUCCAUACCUAUUGGUGCCAGCUGGUGCCAGCUGGUGCCAGCGCAGCACUACUGGCAUGGAACUUUUUCCUCGAAACGUUACAAUUUUUUUAAAGUUAAACAACUGUAUAAGACAAGAGAAAUAAACAUUAACAUUGUA